GCAAGGAGUGUUAACCAAGGAUAGUCAUCCAAUCCUGUAUACACCACAAGAAAAAAAUUCUUAUUAGCAAAGAGAUAUGCUACAUGUAGUGUCAUCAUUCCUGUUGAGCUCCAAAACAAAAUGCUUUCCUUUCUCCAGAGAUUUCAGGAAAUAAAGCAUUGCUUUAGAAAUGAGUGUGAAGAUUCUGGGAAAGAAAACAAUCAGUUAAAUAAUAAAGAACAGAACAGUUCACAUUUAAGCAGUGCUGAGGCAGAUCUUGACAUUCUAGCAGAGGAACGUGAAGGUUUUGAACUCAGUGUUUCCAGUUCUGAGAUAUCUGAUGUUAUCACUGGGAAUCAGUUUAGAUCCUUAGAACCAGAAGAACUUAUUGAUAGAAGUCAUAGAAUGUAUUGGAAUUUUCAGAAAAACAGAAAAAAAAUUUCAUUUGCUGUACGUGAAGCUCACCAGUUGCUUCCAAUCACACUUAUGAGAAAUGAAAUCUUGAGUGCCAUAGAAAAGAACCAAGUGAUUGUCCUUUCGGGAGAACCUGGAUGCGGCAAAACAACUCAAGUACCACAGUUUAUCCUGGAUGAUCUUAUCCUUCAUUUGAAAGGUGCAGAAUGUAACAUGGUUGUCACACAACCUAGACGGAUAUCAGCUAUCUCUAUAGCAGAACGAGUGGCAAAAGAAAGAGGAGAAAGGAUGGGAGAAACAGUUGGUUACCAGGUAAGACUGAAAAAGGUGAUUCCACAAGAAAAAGGUGCUUUGCUGUUCUGUUCAACUGGGAUUUUGUUGCGUAAACUUCAAGCCAAUCCUUCUCUAGAGGGAAUUAGUCAUGUAAUUGUGGAUGAAGUUCAUGAGCGUGAUAUUCAAACUGACUUUUUAUUGAUCCUUUUAAAAGAUUUGCUUAAAUCAAAUCGAGAGUUGCGAGUUAUCCUGAUGAGCGCUUCUCUAAAUGCUGAUUUAUUUUCUAAAUACUUUGAUAACUGUCCCAUAGUUAAUGUCCUAGGGUUUGUGCAUGACGUUGAAGAGUAUUUCUUGUCAGAUAUUUAUAAAAUACUAGGAAAAAGGGAGACAAGUAAUAACAUGAAAUCUUAUAAUUUACCUAGAGUAAAUUAUGAUCUGAUCUUGGAUUUAAUACAACACAUUGAUUCAGAGGAACCUCCUGGUGCAAUUUUGUGCUUUCUACCUGGCUGGCAAGAAAUCAGAGCUAUGCUUGAGAGGUUGAAGAAUGUUUUUUCUGAUAGCUCUAGAUACCUCUUAUGCCCUGUGCAUUCCCGUCUUCCCUAUCAUGAACAACAGCGAAUUUUUGAAUGUCCACCAGCAGGAAUGAGAAAAAUUGUAUUAGCAACAAAUGUUGCAGAAACAUCCAUUACCAUAAAUGAUGUUGUGUAUGUGAUUAAUCCUGGAUUUCAGAAAGAAAUGGUGUAUGAUCCCAAUAAGGGCUUAGCUGUACUAACCACAGAGUGGAUUACACAAGCCAACCUGAAACAGAGAAAAGGACGAGCUGGUAGAGUCCAACCAGGCAAAUGCUUUCAUCUGUUUCAUAAGAGAACUGUAGAAGAAUUGAGAGAAUUUCCCAUUGCAGAAAUUUUGAGAGUUCCCUUAGAAAAAACUGUAUUAGAUUGCAAAUUUUAUUGUCCACGUGCAAAAAGUGAGGAUUUUCUAUCACAAGCACUGGAAUGUCCUUCCACAGAAAAUAUCAGUCAUGCUGUAGCAGCACUUGAGGAGUUGGGUGUGCUUAAUGAAGAUGAAGAACUUACGCCUUUGGGAAGAAGAAUAGCUCAUUUUACAACUCAUCCAAGACUAUCAAAAGCUUUAGUGUACAGUACUAUAUUAAGAUGCGUUGACACAGUUUUGACCAUUGCUGCACUUCUCUCCUCCACUAGAGAUCCAUUUCUAACUAAUUUAGAAAAUAAAGCUGUGAUACGUGAGGUGAAGAAGAAAUUUGAUCAUACUGUGGGAAGUGACCAUAUUGCAUUGGCAAACUUGUUCAAGGCCUGGAAGGAGGAAGAAUUAGCAUCAGAAUUUUGUACCAAAAAUUUAGUCAGUUCAUCUAAUUUGAUUUUUACCAGAGGUUUGAAGCGGGUCUUUUCAGAGCACCUGUACGAUGCUUGCCUUGUGGAUAGUGUGGAGUCUUGUGAAGACUUAAAUCAGGAUCACAAUCAGUACUGUAAUAAUGUUGCCAUGGUUAUGGGUGCUAUGGUUGCAGCUCUCUAUCCUAAUGUUCUGCAUUUACAGAAGGGAGAUCUUCAGCGAGGAAGGAUCAAGUGGGAUGCAGUUACUCCCAUGACUCUAAAUGGUAAGCCUGCGUGUAUCCAGAAAGAAUCUGUGGUAUCCCAAGAAAUAGCUGGGUUACCAAGUCCUUGGCUUGUUUAUUUCAAUAGCAUGAGAUCACAAGAAAGAGGAAUGGUUCUUGUCAGAGACUUAUCUUGCAUACCUAAUAUGGCACUGCUUCUGUUUGGAGGUGAAGAAGUUGGAAUACAACUUCCAUCACCAUCAGACAUUAGUGAAAGUGAGACACAGAAUAAUGUCAUAUUGGUGAUUGACGGCCAGAAGCGUCUUCGAUUCAGUUGUUCCAGAAGAGAAGCUGAACUUAUACUUCAGUGGAGAAAUUGUUUACAGAAUAUUGUUCAGUCAUUUCUGGUUGAUACAGCCAUGAAUGAAGACCAUCAAGUUGAUAUAGGUUUAGUUGUGAACCAGUUUUUAGAAAUUACAAAGAACCUCCUAAUGAUAGAAGAUGGCUUUAGGCUAAAGACAGAAUUGUAGUUUGUCUUUCAGAAUCAUUUGUCAUUUACAUGUUAAUAUUUAAUAUAAUAUAAAUAUAUUUUGAUAAUUUUGCCUAACUUGUAUUUCAAAUAAAAGAUGAAUGAGUCUUAUCCCUCUGACAAUUUGAAAUAAAGCUAAACAUCUAAAUGAUAUUCAAACCAUCAAACUAAAAAUAUGUACAGCUUUCUGCAGAGGUAUUUUCAAUCUCACUUUGUCUCAUUGCUGAUGAAAUUAAUGUACCUAUUAUCCAGUUACACAUUUUUUAUAUCUUACAUUAUAUGUUGAAAUAGAACUUAUUUUUCUUUUCUUUUCUUUACACACAACUCUGUGAAUACCUCUAAAUAUAUCUUUUGUACAUUUCAUUAGUUUUUCUCUGUAAUCUAGACAACUGACUAUAAUAGGUUUCUACCCUGUAAUGUGCAUAUUCACAUUCAGAAAUGUUCUUUUAUUGCAUCUGAAUCAUCUUAUAUAAAUUUAUAUGCUUUGGUGGGAUGAAGAACAGUUAAGAGUAUUUAGCACAUUACAUAUAAAUAAUACCUAUUAGAUACAUACAUAGAUACUGAACACUUCUAUUACUCAGAAUACAUCUGUUGCUAAUGCCACUAGUUCUGUUUCUGUGAAAUGUAAAAAACAAAGGAAACCUUUAAUAGUCAUUAAAAAUUUAAUCUCUAAAAUAGGUCUUAACUAGUUUUGUAAAAUUAUCUAUUCAGGUAAUGUUCCUUUAUUUUGAGAUAAAAAGCAGACUACUUUAAAUUAUUUUAAAAAUUCAGAAAACAGCUAAAAUGGGGCAAAAAUAUAUAAAAUAAAAACAUGUUUUCCCACUGUUAACAUGGCAUCAUCAGGUACUUAGCACAACUAGACAUGACAAUUAAAUUCACCCACUGAUGAUGUCACAAAUGUAACCUUGAGCUUAGCAUAAGUAUAAACUUACUCAUGUUUUAUUUAUUAUAGGUUUGUAUUCCUUUAUUAAAAUAGCUUUUAUUAUUUUACAUUUAUUAGUAUUAUGUUUUCAACAGUUUAAUUCUUACUACAGUGUUCUAUAUCCUUAAGAUAUUGGUUAACGUGAUGAAGUAUGCCCAUGUUCGGCUAUUCUAGAACUUAAAUUCCUACCAGUAUCCCCUAUAUAGAGAUUAUUACAGUCUGUAAACUACUACUUUUUCAACUGUGGUUGGUUUUAUUUUAUUUUUUUAAGAUGGUAUUAAAAAAGUUUCCUGGUAAAAAAAAAAAAUUGCCUACAAUUAGCUUGAUUUGCUAAUUAUCAUCUCUUAAGCUUGUAUUUUUUUACAAACUAAUUAAUACUUUUGUUAGUUUUUAUAGUACUGGUGUUAAAAAUAGAUUAUUGACGAAUUUGCUUAUCCUGCAGAUUAAAACAGAAGUCUGUAAAGAUAGUGUGUACUCAGAAUGUUUUAUAUCUAGAAAUGAUUUAUAAAUAGAAGACUGAAUGAUAUAACUUUGACUAGGUUUGCUUAUAAAUAUGAACUAGAUUUUAACAUGUUAUAGAAGCUUUAAUUUCAGGAGUGGCUUGUACUGGAUAUCUUGUUAUUCAUACAACAAGAAAUUAUGUGUGUAUUCAAACUACCAAAAUCAUGUAAGUAAGUAAAAACUGCCAUUAUAUAUAUACUUUUAAUUAACAUACAAAAUCUGCCUGUAAUGUGUAUUGACAAUACUUUUUUUUAGUACUGAGAAGGUUAUGGCAAAAUUAUAUUUACCAAGGCAUUAUUACAUGAAUGUGUUCAACUAUUGUUGUAUAUUUUUGUAGCAUAGAUGAGCAGCAAGUUUUUAAAUAAUGAAUAUAAUAGUUUUUACCAUGUACUGAACUAUUAUUUAUCUUUUAGCUAAAAUAAGAAACUCAGAUUGUGACAGUUAAUUUUAUUUGUAGUAUAGUAUAGUAGACAUAAAGUAUGUCUAUAAUUUUUUUAUGCUCUGUAUAUCACUUUAACAUGCAUUCACAGAAAGUCAGAGGCUCUGGCUAAAAGCAUUCUGGUAAAAGAAA